AUGGCAGAAGAACCUACAAUCGUCCUAGAGACACACAUCUACUCGAACCCAGCAACCCUCUCCUUCUCGCCAGGCUGGACCAGGAGCUUCCACCUCCGCCUCUCCCCCUCAACAGCCACGAAAACCCAACUCCUCUCCCUCGUCCGCGCCUCCACCGCCCGCCUAGGCCGCGCAGACCCCAUCGUCGAGGCGCAAAUCACGCUCUACUGGACCUCCCGCACCGGCCGCGUCGUGUCAAUCCCUGGCGACGGCGGCGGCGGCGGCAGCAUGGCCACGGUCACGAUGCCCGUGUGGCAGCAGCAGCCUCCUCCCCACCUAAUGACCUUCAACAUCGGAUUCCCCGCGCUCGUCCAGCCUCCCCAGCCGCUGCCCCAGCCGCUGCUGCCGCCGACGAUGAUGGAUCCGCCGAUGCCCAUGGCCAUGACAUACUCCAGCGGCGUAAACUACCUCCACCCCUACGGCAACCCUGCUGCGCAGCAGCAGCAGCCUAUAAUUCUUCCCCCACAGCAGCCUGCGUUCCCGGCCAUCGUCCCCGCAGGACAGCAGACUUGGAUCAUGGGAGGCGGUCCGCCCCAGCUCAGUUUCGUCAACGUCAAUGUUCCCACUUGUGGACCUGGUGCUUGUGGUGGUGGUGGUGGUAAACCCGUAGUCUCAGACGUCAUAAGAGAAGCCCGGCUCGACACAAUCGCCGAGGGUGCGCUGGGCGGGAUGCUGGAGUGGGAAGCGGUCAAAGGGGGGAAUGAUGAUAGGUAA